GUCAGCAUCACUUUUUCCUUUUUCCAAAAGAUUCAUUACUUUAGAUCUGCUUGUUCAUCACUUUCAGAGGCAUAUUUGCUGGAGAAACAAAAGUCCAGAUUUCAGUUCAAGUCUCGAGGAGAAAUGGCUACAUCUGAUGCACAUUCAACAAGUUCAGAACCACAUCAGCGGCUUCAAAGGGUUGUUUCAGCUCAGUUUAGGACGCCUUCCCUUGAUCUAUUAUCAGAUACAGAAGAAGCCAGAGAAAAAUACUUCAAAAUUUGUGUACCUCUUCGUAAAGCAGCAUUGAAAGGUGAUUGGAAAGCAGUAUGGCACAUCAUAGAACAAGAUUUGACCCUUCUGACUGCGGCCAUAACCAAGGGUUGGUUAACGGUUCUUCAUGUCGCAGCAGGAGCAAACCAUGUCCACUUGGUUGAAGAGUUGGUGAAAUUAAUGGAGCGGAAUGACUUGGAAUUACAAGACCAAAAAGGGAACACAGCCUUCUGCUUUGCUGCUGCAUCUGGGAACAUCAAGAUUGCUGAAAUAAUGCUACAAAAAAAUGUAUUCUUGCCAAAUAUCAGGGGUGGACAAGGAGUGACUCCUGUCGUCAUGGCUGUUUUACAAGGGAAAUGUGAAAUGGCAUCGUAUCUAUAUCCUAAAAGUUAUGAAAUAUUUGACGACUGGGAUUGGAAACUACUGUUCUUCAUUUGUCUCAACUCUGGAAUCUAUGAUUUAGCCUUGGUACUGCUACAAAAGAGGCCAGAGCUAGCUUUAGCUCAGGAUGGAGAAGAUGGCACAGCUUUGCAUAUGCUAGCUCGAAAGCCUUCAAGUUCUGGUUGCCAGAGUCCCGCACAUCAAAAACAGAUCAUGAAGUCCAGUAAGUGACUACAAUCAACACUAUCAGGAAAACUAAGUAAUUAGAUUAUUUUGUCCAUUUAUGUUAUUUAUUGGGCAGAAGAAGAAAUACUUAAUAUUCCUGAUUACUUGAAAGAAGGAAAGCAGGAUGGUGAAAGAAGCUACCAUCAGUUCUUGCUUUAAAGAUUCUCAAGAAGAAAACGGUUCUGUGCUUGGUUAUUCUUAUUUUCAUUAUGGCAGGCAUAGGCUGAAUCUAAUUUUAAAAGCGAAAGUACUCCAAUCAUCCUAUACAUAACUAUUGACCCAAGGAAGAUGCUACCUCCGACCCUUAAUAUAAAAAGUAGUUGACUAAUUUGAAUAAAUUAAGAAAAUUAGUUAAGUUAGUUAUUUGUA